AUGUGCGUGCAUGUGUUUGGUAAUUGUGCAUCACCAGCUGUUGCUACAUAUGGAUUGCGCAAAGCUGUACAGAAUGCUGAAAAGGAAAUACAAAAAUUUGUAUGCAGAAACUUUUACGUAGAUGAUGCGUUGUCUUCACAACAUGAUGCCCAACAAGCUAUAAACCUAAUGAAGAAAACACGGGUAGUGCUGAAAGAAGAAGGAAAUAUAAGACUGCACAAAAUUGCUUCUAACAGCCCUGAAGUAAUGUCUGCUUUCAACAAAGAAGAUCUUGGAAGCGAUUUGAAGACGUUAGAUCUCUUUCAGGACACACUUCCCGUACAGCGUAGUUUAGGUGUAUCUUGGGAUCUAAAGCAGGACAAUUUCAUUUUCGAUGUUGUGAUAGAAAAUAAACCAUUCACAUUAAGAGGCGUAUUGUCUAUGGUAAACAGUAUCUUUGAUCCUCUUGGUUUUAUCGCUCCGAUAACUAUAACUGGUAAGAUUCUUCUUCGAGAAGCAGCGCCACCAGGAGUGGACUGGGAUUCCCCUUUGCCACCUGAUCAUGAAAAGAAGUGGAUUAAGUGGAGAGAAUCAGUUCAAAACCUACAGACAGUUGCUAUUUCCCCGCAUUUUUUCAAACAACUUCUUUUAAAUUCCCGCUGA